AUGCAACCACAAAAUGAUAGCAUCACAAUGGAGUCUUUACCAGAGAAUUCAAAUGAGAAAUCAGAUUUCCAAGAGAGUGAAAAGGCGAGAAGACAGUCGAAAGUUUGUACCAGAGGCCACUGGAGACCUUCGGAGGACGAAAAACUUAAACAACUUGUUGACCAUUACGGCCCACAGAACUGGAACGCCAUAGCUGAAAAUCUUGAAGGAAGAUCAGGUAAGAGUUGUAGAUUGAGAUGGUAUAACCAGUUGGACCCGAAGAUCAAUAAAAGAGCUUUCAGUGUAGAAGAAGAGGAAAGGCUAAUGGCAGUUCAUAGGGUUUUUGGCAACAAAUGGGCGAUGAUUGCUAAAUAUUUCCCUGGGAGAACAGAUAAUUCAGUGAAAAAUCACUGGCAUGUUUUAAUGGCUAGGAAAUACAGAGAUCAAUCAAAAUCCUACAGAAAAAUAUCAAAAUGUAGCGAGGAUACAGCAAAUGGAAAUGCAUUUACCAAUUCCUGCCUUCUUCAUUCAGGCAGUAAAAAAGUGAAUAUUAUGGCAAGAAAUGGCUCAAUUUUCAGUAAUUUCAAUCCCUUUCAUCCGUACUCUCCAUUGCUGAUGAAAAUGAAGGAUGAUUUUCCUCAAGUUUCAUGCACUGAACCAUCUCCAUCUUCAUUACCAUCAGUUGCUGAGUACACAGACACGAGCCAUUUAAGUACUAAGACAACACCUCCGUUUAUAGAUUUCCUCGGAGUUGGAGCCAUAUGA